GCACCCAUACGGUCUGAUUUUGGAAGUCGACACCAUUUUUGACCUCAUCACGCUCCUUUUCUCUCAAGAUGGGUGUCACAACCAGUAAGCUUCUGUGAAUCGCCUGCUUUUGCGCUCCGAUAGUGUUCCCGCUACAUUCGCACAGACUCGCAAGCAGCAUGAGCACAGUCGAUGAGCACACACCAUUGCUGCAUCAGGCACAGUAUGGACAGCAGGACCAGCAUCUACGCAUUCAUUAUCCCAUUGUCACGGUCAAAGAACUCAAUCAAAGACUACACGAACUUGCUAAUUCUACCACCGACGACCAAGGUCUUUCCGACUUGGUGGCUAACGGAGGGGACGCGGCUUUUUAUGUGGUCGUAAACUCCCUACUUCUUCAACCGCUCGAUAAGCACAAAAUGCUUGAAUCAUGGGCAAUCAAGGUCCUGGAUAUGUUAUUGCAAGAUCAACACGAUCCAUAUCAUAUCAGAAUACGCCAAAUUCUAUUACACGAAUGGGAAGCUCAGGGAUCAGCGCUAGAUAUCAUCUUGCAAUUGCCAGCGAUGACGGUUCUCUUGUAUAGACCAGUUCAAGACGGUAUCAAUGGUAUUUGGAAGGAUGGCAACCCCAUUAUGACAGAUCUGACGGCCGCCAGCAGGGUCACACGGUUCACGAUGAUUUAUUUCGGAAAAUGGCGUUCUCCAAAAUACCAGGCCCUGUUACAAUUUAUUACUGGAGCUAUUUACGUCUCUCUAUACCUGGCUACGGUUGCUAACCAAAAUUAUACCGUAUUUCCGCCACAUGUCUACGAAUAUGUCUUUUAUGUGUUUGCCUUGAGUGAUCUUAUUCUGGAGACACUGAAUGUGAGUCUUUCACUUACGCUGACAUUCACCUUAUCUCACCUUGUGUAGGCUGAUUUCUAUUAGCUCUUAUCACAUCCUCGUAAAAGCGUUGUGUCUAUCAAGUGGUUUCUGGGAAUCUUAUCAGCUUAUGUGAUCUUGGUAUCCUU